AUGCGUCACUCGGUGCCAAAGUCAAUUGCUCUUGGAUUGUUGUCCGCAUACAUCCUCCAAAGUAGCGGCAAACCAAUCAUACCGAUCGCUCCAUGCCAGAACGAAGUCGAUUGUAGCCACCCAUUCAACAACACGAAUUGGCCUCGUCUUACCCGUACUGAUGCUCUCCCGCCCGCACUCGACCGCAGAGCCAGUGGCGGAGGACGCCCAGACAGACCCAACGACAACAGUCCAAACACACCUCAUACAAACCCAGAUCAGCAAAACACUCCCUCUGACGCCGGCGAUCAGCAGGGUGAGUCUGGGGGGUUCAGUGAGCAGCAGGAGACCUCGGGUGGCUUUUCCGAUUCGCAGGAAACCGAGGGAGGUUUGAACGACAACGGGGAAGGCUCUAGUUCGCAACCAACAGCCCCCGACCCAGACGCUCAAUCAGUAAACCCAGAUACAGCCCCGAACCCCAACCCGGCUCCAAAUCCUAAUCCCGCUCCAAACCCUAACCCGGCUCCAGGUCCCAAUCCAGCUCCGAACCCUAACCCGGCUCCAGGUCCUAACCCAGUCCCGAACGCACCCGCAGGUAACAAUCCUGGUCAGCCAAACGCUGCUCAGUACCCGCCUUCAGCAAGGAACAACCACAAUCAACCGGCAACAAGCAACGGUCCUCCAAUCCGUCUCCCAGGCAACGUUAACGCCAUCUCUGUUACAGAUCGCAGGAACAGCUUCCAGACAAUAAUAGCCACCCACAACCUGAACGACCAGCCAUGGUUCUUCUUCAGUGGCCUCGAUGACAUGAAUCUCAAUGGAGAAUACAAGACCGCACUUCAAAGCCAUGUCGGGGCACAAGGCAGCAUGCGAUCUAUGAACGAUGUUUUGCCCAUGGAUGGCAGAAGUAUAUGGGAUGAACCUAGCAAACUAAAAGAGUGGGAGAAAUACAAUGACGAGCAGGCAAGUGGUGCUGAGCACUAUUACUGGGCUGUAAACUCGAAGGCUUUAGGUCAAGCAGUUCAAGGACAUAUCUACGUUGCGAUUCCCGCAGGUCGAGGCGUGAACCAACCCUACCCCGACAAAGGCUCGAACUGGUGGACAUAUGAGCUUCCAGAGCUCACUCGCAAUCCCAAUGUCGACAGUGUCAGAGUCGUCCCUUUCGUCAAAGACAUGGAUAACAACGACGGCGACCCGACGAAGUUUAUCCACUAUGGUCCUGAGACACAGAUCUGGACACGAGGAGACGAACCGAUUGGUACUCCAGCAAACGAGUAUGACCGCCUGGAGAGACCCGGUGAGAUAUGGGAGAAGCAGCCCGAGGUUGGCAUACCGAAGGAGAACUAA